AUGUUCGAAUGGCAGGCCCAGAAUGUCGCCAGCACCUUCACCAAGAUCCUGCACUCCGUCACAGACCACCCCAGACGGAACCUCGCAUCGAUCGAACGCUUCAGCGACAGAAAUCUGGCCCAAGUCGCCGAAUAUAAUGAGGGUAUUGCACCGCCCCGGGAUGUAGAAGAACACGUGCACAUGCUCGUCGAGCGUCAAGCCAUCAAGAGCCCACACCAGCCUGCGAUCGCAGCGUGGGACGGGGACUUGACGUAUGCUGAGCUUGUUCUGCUUUCGAGGAAGCUCGCCAACCAUCUCUCCUCGCAUUGGGGGGUUCAAUCCGGGGUUAUCGUUCCGUUCUGCUUUGACAAGUCCAAGUGGGCAGUCGUUUCGAUGCUCGCUAUUCUCCAGGCUGGUGGCGCCUGUGUUGCGUUGGACCCCUCGCACCCGAGCAGUCGUCAUGCCACGAUCCUCAACGAUACUAGAGCAGCGGUGGUUCUCACCCAGAGCGCUUUCAGUUCCCGCUUCGAUGAACUGAGUGUUUCUGCACUGGUCGUGGACGACGAACUGACGACAUCUCUCUCCCUUGAGGCGCCGACUGCUGCCAUGAAUGUGGUCCAGCUCUCCGACCCCGCGUUCAUCAUCUAUACCUCUGGCUCUACAGGUGUGCCAAAAGGCGUUGUUCUUGACCACCGAUCCCUCAGCGUCAGCAUGGAAGCCCAUGGUGCUGCCCUCUCCAUCGGUACGGGCACUCGUGCGUUGCAAUUUGCAGCAUAUGUAUUCGAUAUCAGCUUGCAGGAUAUCUUCACUUCGCUGACCCGCGGCGCGUGCGUCUGCAUCCCAUCCCAGACACAGCGGGAUAAUGACCUCGCCGGUGCGAUUCGCCAGUACGAGGCGAACUGGGCGUCCCUUACCCCCACUGUCGCUCGCUUGCUUGAUCCACGCAGCGUCCCGACUCUGCGCGUCCUCACGCUCGCUGGUGAAGCAGUGACAGAGCAGACCCGCGACAUCUGGCGGGACAGCCACCUGGAGGCGUUCAACAACUGCUACGGACCGGCCGAGUGCACAAUCUACGCGACGGCGAAUCUCCACGUGGCUGAACCGGCCAUCCGAGCCUGCAAUAUCGGUCGCCCUCUUGCUGGCCCCGUCUGGCUGGUAAACCCGGCUGAUCACAAUCAGCUUGUUCCGGUCGGUUGCAUCGGAGAGCUCCUGAUCGAGGGCCCGAUUGUGUCCGCCCAAGGCUAUCUCCACAGCCCCGACCAGACGAAUGCCGUCUUCAUCACCGACCCGUCCUGGGUGGCCCAGUUUGGUAGCGCCAGGGGAAGACGCAUGUACAAAACCGGGGAUCUCGUCUGCUACAAUGCCGAUGGGUCGCUCGACUACUUGGGGCGCAAGGACUCGCAGGCCAAGAUCAACGGUCAACGCCUUGAACUGGGAGAAGUCGAGUACCACAUGGUAUCCGACGAAGACGUCCACGGAGCAGUGGCCCUGCUGGCUUCCAGCGGACCCUACAGCGGGCGACUGUUUGCGGUUCUUUCGCUCUCUGCCCGCCAAGGCGAGGAUAUCCAGCUUGUCUCCGACGAUGGAAGCGGGGAAGUCAAGUCUAUCGUCUCCCGGAUUCAAACCAGACUCAGUGCUGCACUCCCAUCCUACAUGGUUCCCAGCAUCUGGCUGGUGGUGAACGGGAUUCCCCUGAAUACAUCCAACAAGAUCGAUCGGCGCAGGGUGCAGACCCUGGUGAGCCGGCUCGACAAGGCUGCAAUCGACAAGCACAUGGGUGUCACACACACAACCCACAACUGCACCCCAUCGAGCAGCAGCGAGGCACGCAUCCAGGACGUCCUCGCCGAGGUCCUCAACAUCUCCAGGGACCAGGUCGCCUUGAACCGAUCGUUCGUUAGCCUGGGUGGUGACUCGAUCACCGCAAUGCAGCUGGUUACCAAGUGCAGGGCCCGAGGACUGACCACGCACGUCCGCGAUGUUCUCCAGAGUGAGACCGUCGCUGACAUCGCCCGUGGGCUCCGGGUCGACCACAACCCCUGGAGCGAGGUCGCCGUCGUGGAGAACCGGAAAUUCGAGCUGUCGCCCAUUCAGGCACUGUACUUUGAAAUGUCUGAUAACGAGGUUACUCCCUUCAAUCAGAGCAUGCUACUCCGCGUUGCUGGUGACGUUUCUCCAGAUGCAAUCGAAGCUGCUCUCCACGCAGUGGUGCAGCGUCAUGGCAUGCUCCGUGCUCGCUUCCACCAAGACAAGGUUGGCGAAUGGCGCCAGCUGGUCAGUGACAACGUGGAAAGUUCCUAUCGGUUCAAGUUCCACAAUGAUGCUCAUCCUCAGCUUGUUAAGAAGGCGACAGUGACUGCGCAAGCCUCCAUCAACGUAACGAGUGGCCCGAUAAUUGGCGCCGACCUGUUCCAGGCGCCAGAGGGCGAGCGCGUGCUCUUCGUCAUUGCACACCAUCUGGUAAUCGACCUCAUGUCCUGGCGAGUGAUUCUGCAGGAUCUGGAAGAUUACCUCCGGGUCCACGAGUUAAGUACCCCGGCGACGAUGCCUUUCCCCGCCUGGGUCCAGAUGCAAAAGGAACACGCAGAGACUCAGCUGGGCUCAACAGAAUCAUUGCCAUUUGACGUUCCGGCGUCGGAUUACGGCUACUGGGGUGCGCUGGGCAAGAGGUUCGUCUACGAUAAUGCAGAAUCGAGCAUUUUCAGCCUUAGCAGCGAACAGACCGCGUCGCUGCUCGGCCCAGCCAACGACAACCUCCGAACUAGUCCGGCAGACAUCUUCAUCGCUGCCCUGAUGUUGUCCUUCUCUCGCGUCUUUGUAGACCGAGAGGCCCCCACAGUCUACACCGAGGGCCAUGGCAGAGAGCCCUGGAUUGCGUCCGCCGAUGUGAAUAACACCGUCGGCUGGUUCACCUCAAUGGCCCCGGUCCGCAUGCACCCAGCAGGCUCCAAGUAUCCGCCCCCAGACCCAGUUGAUGCGGUUGACCUUGUCAAGCAGUGGCGAAACGCCCUCCCCGGGAACGGCUCAUCCUACCUUGCGAGUCGCACCUGGAAUCCGCAAGGGCAAGCUGCGUUCCGCAGCCACUGGCCCCUCGAGGUCCUGUUCAACUAUCUCGGACAAUACCAGCAGCUCAACAAUACGCAAGCGAUCCUACAAGCUGCCUCCGGCGAGCAGUGGGAUGUGGCACCGGACGUGGGAGCCGGCGUGCCCCGGCUUGCGCUGUUCGAGAUUUCGGCAUUCGUCAAGCAAGGACAGGUUCACGUCUCGUUCAUGUACGAUCCAGCCAUCGAGCGUGUGCAGGAGGUUCGCAAGUGGCUUGCCGAAUACGAGCAGUGCUUGAACGAAACGGUGGAAGACCUGCUGAACGCUCCAGUUCAACGACCGCUCAGUGAUUUCUCUCUUCUUGGCGUGGACGAUGAGGGUUUGAAGCAGGUCCAAGAAGCAAUCACGGCGCUGCCACUGGUUAAUACCUUUGCCGAUGUUGACGACGUAUAUCCUUGCUCACCCAUCCAACGGGGCAUUAUCAUGAGCCAGAGCCUCAACCCUGGUUCUUACGAGGUCGAGACGGUGUUCGAAGUCCAUCCUGCCUCCAGCCAAGAUCCGGUCGAUUGCGAGAGACUUGCAGUGGCCUGGAAGGCAGUGGUUUCGCAUCACUCCGCACUGCGCACAGUCAUGAUGCACAGCCCACUCGAGGCCAGCGAUGUGUUCCAGGUCGUGCUGAGAGCAGCUGCUCCCCGGCACCAGAUCAUUCGUGGGCAGGACAAAGACGCCGUCAGUGCGCUCCACAGCAUCAAAAAUAUCCCCAAUGCCAUGGAAGCACCGCCUCACUUCCUGACCAUGUAUACCACGCCGACAGGACGCGUGUUGUGUAAGCUGGAGAUCCACCACACGAUCAUGGAUGCAGCGUCCCUCGCCAUCAUCAUGGAGGACCUGCGUGCAGAGUAUCACAAGCCACCCACCAGCCCACGACCCUCGUAUAGACGCUAUCUCGAAUACCUGGCAUCGCAACCUACAGGGACAGCACUCGACUAUUGGGUGACUCGACUGCGCCAGGUCGAGCCGUGCUACAUGCCCAUCACUGGCCCUGUGGGCGGUGCUGAUCGUGAACUUCGCUUUGCUUCCCUCGAUAUGAGCUCUGUAUCGGCAGAACUGCAGCACUUCUGCCAGACGCACCGGGUGACAGCUGCAACGGUGUACCAGGCAGCGUGGGCGCUGACCCUGCGUGCCUACACUGGCUGCCAAACCGCCACUUUUGGCUUCGUGUCUGCCGGGCGAGGACUCCCCAUCAACCAGAUUGAGAAGAUUGUCGGGCCGUUUAUUGAUUUGCUGGUAACGGCGGUUGAUGUGUCCGAGGGUACCCCCGUCAGCGACCUGGUCAAGGCCGUCCAGCGCGAUUACCUGUCUGCGUUAGAGUACCACUACUGCUCAAUCGCUGAGAUCCAGCAUGCCCUUCAAAUAGGCGGAAGGCCGCUCUUCAACAGUAUUAUGAGCGUUCAGCUCGUGCAGCCGGCCAUUGCAGCCACCUCUGGGCUUUCGACCAUCUCCUUCGAGACGAUCGGAGGUUACGAUGCCACCGAGUACGACGUGACCAUUACGCUCGAGUCCAACACAGCCACCUCUGAGACUACUGCUACCCUUGGUUACUGGAGUCCAGCCCUCUCGGACUGGGAGGCGAAUGGUAUCCUCCAUACAUUCGGCAAGGCGAUGGAAAGCCUCGUUUCGAGCUCCUCCUCGCUGCUGUCAACAGUCGACACCUUCAGCCAUCGGGACAAGACACAACUGGAGCAGUGGAAGCGCACCUACGAGACAUUCAACGACCAAGAGCUCUACGAGCCCUUCUGCAUCCACGAACUCAUCACCCAGCAGGCAUCAGCCAAACCCAAAUCUCCUGCUGUUUAUGGCUGGGAUACCAGCUUCACGUACGAGGAGCUGGAGCACCAAUCCAGCACUCUUGCCCACCAUCUGAUCGCGCUCGGAGUCGGGCCAGAGGUCAUAGUUCCCUUUUGCUCCGACAAAUCUGCAUGGGCAGUUAUAGCGCUAGUCGCUAUUCUCAAGGCCGGCGGUGCAUUCGUCGCCCUCGACCCUGCCCACCCCCGCAGCCGGCACGAGACGAUCCUUGAACAGGUCGAUGCCCGCGUCAUUGUCGCCAGCCCGUCCCAAGCUUCCCGAUUUGAAGGGUAUCCUCAAGCUGUGGUUACCGUCAGUAAGGACCUCCUGGACCUGCUCGAGGCGACUGGGCUGUCGGGAUCGACCCCUAUUUCGCCCCGUGUCACUCACAAGAACACCGCCAUCAUCAUUUACACCUCUGGCAGCACGGGAGUUCCCAAAGGAAUCGUCCUGGAACACGGCUCCCUCUGCACGACAAUGGCUGCCCACGCCGACGUGGUCGGAAUCAAUGGAAACAGCCAGGUUCUUCAAUUCUCCUCCUUCAUCUUCGAUGCCAGCGUCCAGGACAUUUUCACAACGCUUACACGUGGAGGGUGCGUCUGUAUGCCGAGCGAAGACCAGCGCUUGAAUGACCUCGCGGGAGCCAUUCGUGACAUGAACGUGAACUGGGCCUUCCUGACUCCGGCAGUCGCAGCCGUCCUGCGUCCAUCCGAUGUGCCGGGCCUGAAGAUCCUCUCAAUGGGAGGGGAAGCGAUCCCACAGAACGUGGUUGACAUCUGGAAGGACUCCGGUCUCAGCCAAUUCAACAACUGCUAUGGCCCGGCUGAAUGCAGUAUUUAUUGCUCGGUCAAUCCUCGACUUGGGGUCUCACACAAGCCGUACAAUAUCGGAGACCCCAUCUCCAGUUUACUCUGGGUGACGGAGAUCACGAACCACCACCGUUUGGCGCCGCUGGGAAGCACUGGCGAACUUCUCAUCGAGGGUCCGUUGCUCGCAAGAGGCUAUCUGAACGACUCUGAGAAGACGGCCCUGUCAUUCACCGUCGAUCCGGAGUGGGCGCUUGUCGACGGAGUCAAGGUUGGCCGUCGCCUGUACCGCACUGGAGAUCUGGUUCGCUAUAACGAGGAUGGCACCCUAGACUAUGUGGGCCGUAAAGACUCACAGGUCAAACUGCAUGGCCAACGACUAGAGCUGUCCGAGAUCGACUACCACCUCUCCCGCCAGGAGCAGGUGGCCAACACCAUGGCGCUUCUCCCCAAGUCCGGAGCUUUUAAGGACCGAAUCGCCGCGGUCAUCUCUUUCCGUGACUUUGACCGACCCGGAUCAUCGGAGUUGAAUCUGGUUGCCGACGCCCAUCGAGAGGCAGUGGCUGCCCAGCUCAACCAAGUGCGUCAGGCUCUGGCCUCGAGCUUGCCGCCUUAUAUGGUACCAACCGUGUGGCUUCCAGUCGAGUCCAUUCCAAUGUCUCUUUCUGGCAAGCUCGACCGAUCCCGCAUUGCGGCGUGGCUUCAAGACAUGGAACAGGAGACCGUACUUGCUGCAGACCGUCUACAGGCACGGUCUGGGGCAGACCAGCUAAGCUCGGCCGCGCAACGCCGACUGCAGGCUGCUCUGACAAGAGUACUGGGCCUCGAACCGGAGCAAGUUUACUUCAACCGGCCGUUCAUCGCUUUGGGCGGUGAUUCGAUCAGCGCGAUGCAGCUUGUUUCGCAGGCCCGCAAGGAGGGGCUCGGAAUCCGCGUGCAGGACAUCCUCCAGAGCCAGAGCAUCUUCGAGCUCUGCGACCGCGCAAAGCAGCUGGAGGCCGCUGUCGACCUGUGGCAAGAUCCAGCGGAUUCGGUCUUUGAUCUGUCGCCCAUCCAACAGAUGUUCAUGGCCAUCUCGGACGACAAACCCUCCAGCCACUUCAACCAGAGCGUGCUGGUUCAGUGCACUGCUCAAUGUACAGGCAAGCAGGUUCGGACUGCGCUCGACUCGAUUGUAAUGGCUCACUCUAUGCUUCGAGCCCGCUUUACCCCGUCGGCCAGCGGGUGGAAGCAGCUCGUCAGCUCUGCUUCCGUCGCCGCGUAUGCAUUCAACGAAUACACAGCAUGCAGGCGACAAAUGAUGGACGAGGCCAUUGUGCGUACGCAGGCCUCCCUCGACAUCCAGAACGGACCCGUCUUCGCCGCCAACUGGUUCGAGCUCGAUGACGGGUCGCGAGUGCUCUAUCUCGCGGCGCACCACCUGGUCGUCGACAUGGUUUCCUGGCAACUGAUCCUCACCGCACUCGAGGACGACCUAUCCCCAGAGAUCGAAACCCCUGUCGUCAACGCCUUCCCGUACCAGUCCUGGGUCCAGCUCCAAGCCCAAGCUCCACGCCCCGAGAUUGACUUCCCCGUCUCGGAGCCCCCCAAGGGGUACUGGGGUGGUGAAGACAAGCCCAACACCUACGGGAACGCUCUGGUGGAGAUCUUCACGCUGGACCAGAGCACCACCAAGGUCCUGCUGAGCGAGUGCCACCGGGUCUUCAACACCAACAUCACCGAUCUCUUCGUCGCGGCCGUGAUCCACGCUUUCGGCCUGACAUUCACCCAGCGCCAACUCCCAACUGUCUUCGUGGAGGGCCACGGACGCGAUGCCGACGAGCAGCAGGUCGACAUCACCAAAACCGUCGGCUGGUUCACUGCCAUCACACCCGUCUACGUCCCCGACGUUGCUGAUCUCGUCAACACCAUCCGCUGGGCCAAAGACCGGCGGCAGCGCCUGAGUACGCAAAGCUAUCUCGCCUCGACGUACUCCAACCGGGGCUCAGGCCACCGGCCAAUGGAGAUUAUGUUCAACUACCUCGGCCAUUUCCGCAGCAUGACCCGCAAUGAGGGGAUUUUCAAGCAGGGAAACAUCCAAGAUGUCCCAGGCUACUCCGACGUGGCCAAUAACGUGCCCCGGAUGGCUCUCUUCGAGAUCAACACCAGGAUCACAGACGGGCAGGCGACUCUGAUCCUCACCCACAGCCGCUACAUGGAUCGGCAGGAUGGAAUCAGGCAAUGGUUCCAUUUCACCGAGGCGUCCCUGAAGCGCAUGGCCCGCGAGCUCCCAUCCCUGCCCGCGCAGAAGACUCUCGCGGACUUCCCACUCCUCCCAUCGCUAACGUACAGUCUUCUCGACGGGUUGGAGGCUGCGCUGAGUGCCGACCUCGCCGUCAAGAGCAUUGACGAGGUGGAGGACAUUUACCCAUCCUCUGCGAUGCAGCACGGCCUCCUCAUCAGCCAGGGCCGUGGUGCAGACGAGUAUCGCACCAGCUUCAAGUUCGAGGUACUCAAUGCGUUGCAGCCACAGAGAUUCGUCGAGGCGUGGCGGGCUGUCGUGCGUCGCCAUCCCAUGCUGCGCACAGUCUUCACCUCUGCCAUUUCCGGCGAGGGCAGCUUUGACCAGGUUGUUCUUCAUUCCCCCACCCCGUCUAUUGUGGUCGAGACUGUGGAGGACGCACAAGAGGCCUCCAGUGCCCUCUCUCACCCAUCGGCCGAUACGUACAGCAGCCGAUCGGAGCUGCCGCAUCGCAUGACGGUGUGCAGCACCCGCGAAGGGCGUCUCUUUUUCAAACUGGAGAUGAACCAUGCCCUCAUGGAUGCGGAAUCAUUGUCGAUCCUGCUCAAGGACCUCGAUGCGGCAUACCGCGGAGCCCUCGACCAUCUCCCUGCCACUCCGUAUCGCGACUACAUCAGCUAUGUGCAAUCGAAAUCGGUGGAUGCUGCCCUGAAGUACUGGACCGAAUAUUUGAGCGGCAUCAAGCCCUGCCAUUUCCCCUCUCGGCCGUCGCUGCACGAGGCAAAUGAGCUCAGUGUGACGGAGAUCGACCUCAACCUCGACCACGAGGCCAUCCAGUCCUUCUGCAGCGCCCACCGGGUUACCGCCGCCAACAUCUUCCAGACUGUCUGGGGCCUCGUCCUGCAGAGCUUCACCAUGACCAGCGACGUGGCCUUUGGAUAUCUGGUUGCUGGAAGAGACAUUCCCGUUCCAGGGAUUGACUCGACCGUUGGGCCGCUCAUCAACAUGCUCGUCUGCCGCAUGCAGCUCGAAGGCACUUUCAACGCAGUCGAUGUGCUGCGAACGACUCAACAAGGCUAUCUCGCCGCCCUGGACCACCAGCAUGUGCCGCUGGGUCGAGUCCAGCAGUCGCUGGGGAUGAGUGGCGCCGCGCUCUUCAACACCAUGCUCUCCGUGCAGAGACUCAGUGCAGGAGGAGCAGGAAGUCUGAGCAGUCCCUCGCACCUCUCCUUUAAGAGCCUUGCCUCGCACGAUCCCACCGAGUUCGACUUGACGGUCAAUGUUCAGCUGUCCGACCACGGCUCGCGAGCAUCCAUCACGCACUGGCCGGGCACCAUUUCCCACUGGCAGGUCUCGCAUGUUGCUUCUUCCAUGACGGCCAUCCUGCACUCGCUGAUCCAGCAGCCCUCUGCUGCCAUCGGCUCGUUGAAGAUGGUUGGUGCGCACGACCACAACCAGAUUCGUCAAUGGGCUCCAAUCAUCACGGGCGUCUUGCACAGCACUGUUCACGACCUCUUCCGUCACCAGGCCACUCUCCACCCCGAUGCCCCCGCGGUGGAUGCGUGGGAUUACCAGAUCAGCUACCGGGAAUUGGACGAGUGGUCCACGAGACUCGCGGCUCAUGUGCAGAGGAUGGGAGUCACACCAGGAUCCAGGGUGCCAAUCCUCUUCCCCAAGUCUGCAUGGAUUGUCGUGGCCUUCCUUGCUAUCAUCAAGGCUGGUGCAACUGCUGUUCCCCUGGAUCCUGCCCAUCCCAAGGACCGCCAUCGACUCAUCCUCGAGCACACUGGGGCCAGGGUCGCUCUGACUGCUAGAUCGUGUGCCUCUCACUGUGACGACCUCGGCUUAACCCGGAUGAGCAUUGACGAAGAUACAGUGCAAUAUCUGGCCCCUGCCCGCCAGACCCUCCCCGACGUGGAUCCAGCAUCACCUGCCUUUAUUAUCUACACGUCCGGCAGUAGCGGUGUCCCCAAGGGGGUGAUUCUGACCCAUGAAUCCGUCUGCACUAGCAUGGAGGCGCAUGGAAAUGCCCUAGGUAUUGCAGCAGGCACGCGCGUGUUGCAGUUCGCUGCAUUUGUCUUCGAUAUUAGCAUCCAGGAUGUCUUUACCUCGCUGACCCGUGGCGCCUGCGUCUGCAUCCCCUCCGAUGAGCAACGGAUGAACAAUCUCUCGGGUUUCAUGAGAGCAAAAGCAGUCAACUUUGCAUGCUUGACUCCGACGGUGGCAUCGCUUCUCUCGCCAGCAGAUGUGCCUACGCUACGUACUCUGGUCCUCGCGGGUGAAGCCGUGUCCCAGAAGGCGAUCGAGCUCUGGUCGCAGGGCACGAGUCUGACCGGAUUCCACAACUGCUAUGGACCUGCCGAAUGUACCAUUUACUGUGCGUGGAACGGGCAGGUCGGCGCUGCAGACCAAUCUCCCAGCAACAUCGGGCGCCCCCUGGCAAGCUCGCACUUUGUGGUUGACCCGCAGAACCACCACCGGCUGGCCCCGAUCGGAAGUCCGGGUGAAUUGAUGGUCGGUGGUCCCCUCGUGUCCCCGGGAUAUCAGGAGGAUCCCAAGAGGACAGAGGCAGCGUUUAUCGAGCUUCCCUUGUGGAGAAGUCAAGCCUGGCACCACGACACAACCCCUACUCGGUACUACGCCACGGGCGACUUGGUCGCAUACAACGAAGACGGGACCCUGGACUACCUGGGUCGCAAAGACACCCAGAUCAAGCUUCACGGACAGCGGAUCGAGCUGGGCGACAUCGAGCACCACCUGCAGCUCAACCUGGGCGAAGCCAGCCGAGUGGCGGUGGACCUGGUCCAGCUCAGCGACAGCCAGCAGUCACUGGCCGCAUUUGUGUCGCUUACGGGCGAUGUGAUAGUUGGAGGCUCCGUGGAUGCUAUCUCGAUUUCCGACGUACAUGCAGAGACGCGAGCGUUGUUUGCUGCAGCUGCCAGCGCCGCCUCCAAGGUACUGCCGGUCUACAUGGUGCCCUCGCACUACAUCCCCUGCAGCAACUGCCGCUCAACACGUCCGGCAAAGUCGAUCGGAAAUCACUGCGCAGCCUCGUCUCUUGCAUGA